AUGGCAACUAGAACACAAUUUGAGAAUUCCAACGAGGUCGGCGUGUUUGCCAAGCUCACCAACUCGUACUGUCUGGUGGCUGUCGGAGGCUCCGAGAACUUUUAUUCUGCCUUCGAGGCCGAGCUAGGCGACGUGAUCCCUAUCGUGCACACAACCAUUGCAGGCACCAGAAUCGUGGGCCGCAUGACCGCAGGCAACAGAAGAGGCCUCCUUGUCCCUACACAGACAACCGACCAAGAACUCAUGCAUCUGAGAAACAGUCUUCCGGACUCCGUGAAGAUCCAGCGUGUUGAAGAGCGUCUUUCAGCCCUGGGAAACGUGAUCUGCUGCAACGACUACGUCGCUCUUGUGCAUCCAGAUAUCGAGAGAGAAACCGAGGAACUCAUAGCCGACGUUUUGGGGGUGGAGGUGUUCAGACAGACCAUCGCGGGAAAUGUGCUUGUUGGCUCUUAUUGCGCUCUUUCGAACCAGGGCGGUCUGGUUCACCCUCAAACUCCGAUCCAGGACCAAGAGGAGCUCUCUUCGCUGCUCCAGGUGCCCUUGGUCGCAGGUACGGUGAACCGCGGUUCCGCUGUUGUGGGAGCAGGCAUGGUGGUCAACGACUGGCUGGCCGUUUCUGGACUCGACACCACGGCCCCAGAGCUCAGCGUUGUUGAGAGUAUAUUCAGACUGCAAGAUGCACAGCCAGACGCCAUCUCUGGCAACCUCAGAGACACCUUGAUUGAGACCUACACAUAG